UUUGGAGGGCUGCUAGGAUGCGCAUUGAGGUCGUUCAGUGAUGACGAAGGCAGGCGCCGUCCAGGCGCCACACGCCUAUAUCGCAUCCUCAUCUCGGAGUCAACCUACCUCAUCUGGAACCUACGUAAUGAGCGUGUGAUCAGGCACAGGCAUAGUGACGACCAGGCGGCCUGGAGACACUUCCCUUAG